AGUUUGACUUAAAUCUGUAGCUGUGAUGGGUUCACGUUAUGAUUUCGAGAUGACAUCGAAAUGAAACAACACAGCACUUCUUGCAUUUCACCUCUUCAGAGUUUUCUAAUUCACUCAGCACACAUUUCCAAUCUCUCCACCCGGGCGUUGAAGCAGAACGCGAAGGAUUGUGGAGCAUGUAGAACAAAUAUCGACGAGCAGUAGAAAACUACAACUCCCGUACGACACCGCUUGUCUGGCUGCAUUACACCGUUCAUGGCGUCUGGUCGAAGGCUAAAGACGGGUCGCCUUCUGACAAACCCAUAACGCCGUUGACUUUAACGGUGUUUGUGUUGACACGAUGGAGGUGGAGAGCGUCCGAGUGGACGACGACAGGCGUCUGACCCAGCUGAGGUUCGAGGCCGCGGUCAAAGUGAUCAAGAGCCUGGCCCCGGAUGGUCCCUUCCAGCCCUCCAAUGACAUGAUGCUCAAGUUCUACAGCUACUAUAAACAAGCCACUGUGGGCUCCUGCAAUAUACCCCGGCCCGGCUUCUGGGACGCGGUUGGCAAAGUGAAAUGGGAUGCAUGGAGUUCUCUUGGAGACAUGCCAAAAGAAGAAGCAAUGGCCGCCUACGUUGAUGAAAUGAAGCUGAUCCUGGAGGGGAUGCCCAUGUCGGACGAGGUGGAGGAGCUGCUGCGCGUCCUCGGCCCGUUCUACGAGCUGGUCGACGAGAAGAAAAAGAUCACGCAGAUAUCGGACCUGAGCACAGCUCGUUUGACACAGUUUGCUAGGCAACUGGAAGGGUUGGGCACGGUGGUGAGUUCAAUGCCUUCGAAGAGCAUCUCCAAGAGCAUCGCCAAGAGCAUCGUCAGAACGAUGGAGAUGAACGGCACCCUGGAGACUCGUCCUGCCCGGCUGAAGUCAGCAGAAGAAUCACAUGAAGAGGAGGAGGAGGAGGAGGAGGAAGAGGAGGAAGAAGAAGAGGAGGAGACAGAAGUAGUGAUACGGGAGGUCAGAAAAGAUAAGAAAUCCACAACAAAGAAGAAGGGUUCAUCCAGGAGACACAAAGCGCCCCUAAUGAACGGCAAAGUGGCCGACGGGGUCACCCACCUGACCAACGGCAACCAUUCCACGGCCGCCGCCGCCGCGCACAACGGCGUCUCCCGGGAGGCGUCGCUCGGAGACGCCCUGCUCAACGGUCACCGCGCGGAUCCCGCUGGCGACGCGUCCGGUCCGAGCCCCCCGGCCAGCGACUCAGACAGCGAAGUCUACUGUGACUCUGUGGACCAGUUCGGCCAAGAAGAGAACUCGGAGCACAACCGCUCUCUGGACGAGCUGGACGAAGAGGAGAACCGCGUGCGGCCGGCUCUGGAGGAGCCGCCGGCGGACGUUCACGGUGCACCGCGAGGCGUCGUGUGCGGAGGAGAGGACGGAGAGGACGGCGGAGCGAUGUCACAGAGACGGAGGCUGAACGAAGACCGGCCCGACAGCUCGUCGGGCCGCAGAGGACGGGGUUCUCAUGGCGGCGGCUCUGGAUCUCUGAUGCCCGCGUACGGGGGCGGAGAUGGGGACGGGGACCCCUGGGAAGGAGCUGAGACGCCCGGGGGGAGCCUGAAUGAGCAGAUCGUGGUGGUGCUGGCCCGACUGCAGGAGGACAUGCAGAGCGUCCUGCAGAGGCUGCAGACCCUGGAGGCUCUGACCGCCAGCCAGGCCAGAUCAGUGUCUCUGCCUCCAACCCUGGGGAGAAAGAGGAGUCAGAAACCGUCCUGGUGGCCUUUCGACAUUUCUCCGACCAGUUUGGCCUUCGCGGUCAUUUGGCCGUUCGUGGUCCAGUGGCUUAUUCGCCUGUUCCUGCAGAGGAGGAGAAGGCGGAUCAACUGAACCGGCUCUCGCACAAACACCACCGGGCCCGGACGAUGAAGACGAGGAGUCCUCUGCACAUCUCUGGUUGGGUUGCGAACGGCUUAAACUCACCCCCCCCCCCCUCCCUGCUUGGACUCACAGCCUGGUAAUUUGCUUUUGCACCAUGAAGAAAGGCCUCUGGAAUGAAACGAGAGCGAGAGGAGGAUACGCUGCGGACGUGGAAUCGGAAAAGAGAAACACGAAUGUUUGGAGCUUCCGAGCUCUUCAGGACAACGCC